GGGAGAGAGAAAACUCUGUUACUCACUCCGUCUCCAACUUUGAGAGGAAGUUACCACCUCUUCCCCAGACUCUGUACACACUCGGGAAAGGGGGCAGUUUGCCCGAAGCUUUCUGUGUGGACUGAACAGUUUCAGAGAGACGAUUCAGCACAGACCGGGUGGCCAAAUGAACUGUUUAGCCUGAGGACCAAAGAUCACAGGCCCUGAUCCUACAGCGAGGGAGAGAAAGAGAGAGGAGCGUGACCAUUUCGCAUCCACUCUCAAGCUUGUCAUUACACUAUGAGCUGGGACUGAAGCAGUGCUUCAUAGUUUCAUUUUGUGGUGUAAAAAAAUCAAAGUGAAGGUCACCAUGGAUGUGAAAAAAAAAGAAAUGGACCUCCUGAGCAACAGCAUAGCUGCAUAUGCACACAUCAAAGCAAACCCAGAGAGCUUUGGCCUGUACUUCGUGCUUGGCGUGUGUUUCGGCCUGGUGCUGACGCUCUGCCUCCUGGUCAUCCGCAUCUCCUGCAAGCCAAGGACCAACGUUGCCCCCUCCACGUCCGAGAAAAAACAAUUAAAGGACAUCAGCGAGGAGGAUGAGGAGACUGAGGACGAUGAUGAUGAAGAUGGGGAUGAUGUAGAGGCACCUAUCACUUUGCCCAGCACAGAAAUCCCUGUUGGGAAUCAUACCAGCCAAUCAGAUGGGACACUGAGUGUGAAUGUGUUUACUUCAGCUGAGGAGCUGGAACGAGCACAGCGGCUGGAGGAGAGGGAACGAAUCAUUCGUGAGAUCUGGAGGAACGGCCAGCCUGAUAUCCUUGGGUCGGGGACAGGGACUAUCGGGAGAGUGCAUUACUACUAAGAGACAUGAGGCUUCAAGGAAGACACUGUCAGCUCUUUGAAGGGCAGACAUAGACUUUUGGGUGGGCUUGAUGUCCCUGAAGCCUGUGAGACUUGUGGUAGAUACAAUGUAAACAGGACAGUAAUGAUGUGCCAAUACUCGGCUCUGACAGAGCUGAACUAUAUAAUAUUGCACUUCCUCUGUAGUGAUGUUAUUUUCAACUGACUGCAUAAAAUGAAACCAAGA